AAGGAAAACUAUAGACGUAAAGCCGCCGCUUCGUGUCGACGCGACGCCCUCCUGACCUCCUCCUCCUCUUCCUUCUCCUUCGCCUCGUCUUCUUGCCCAGAGCUCGCGCGCAUCUCGCCUCUCUCUCACUCGCCUAGGGUUCGGGCCACCGAUUCGGACCGAAUUAGACGGCGGCGCGACGGUGCCUGUUGGAUCGGGGGACGUGGUUUGAGGAGAGGGGAUGACGGGGAAGAAGCGGAAGGCGGAGGCGGCGCGGCUGGAGGAUACGGACCGGGCGAUGUACGGGGCGUUUCGGGGAGCCGCGAACUCUCUCUCGCAGCUAUACACGCUCGCCAUGAGCGGGCAGAGGCUCUCCUUCCAAGCCGGCGAGCGCCACGCCAUGGAAAAGCUGUAUGAAUGGAUCUUGAGGCACCAUGAAAACGGCUUGAGGCUGACAGUUGCUGAUAUAGCCUCGCACAUCCAGCAUGGGAUUCAGCACGGAGGCGACAAUCCAUCAGCUUCUCCAAGAUCACAGUAUGCGAGCCAAAACAUGCAAGCUAAUGUCCAUAUGCCCAACACAAGCAACCAGCAACCAUCUCCGAGCUUAUUUGCGCUAGGAAACCCAGGGUUGACGCAGUCCAAGAACUCAGCGGUCUUCUCAAAUGCAUUAUCCAGCCCUGUCCGCCGGAGCCUGCAACCAUACCAUCUAGAGCAGGGUGGGGAUGCAGGGUACUUUGCAAACGGCUUAAACCGCGAAUCGAAUCCCACAGCUUCAAAUGAUUCAUCCAUGGACAUGCACUCGGACAGCCCAGCUCAUGACUCCUCCUAAGCAUUCUGCUGCACGGAACUGGAAGAACAGCACAUCCAGUGAAAGCAGAAAUUGGUUGCGUGAUGCCUGUCGCCUCUCCUCACCGGUCAAGUAGGACUAUUCAAUUUAACCCCCUCUCCCUAGCCUGUUAUGCUCAAGCAUGUCUUAUGUUGUCACUACUGCUUACAGCCUGUUGCUUUGGUCAAAGAUACUGUAACCUUCUGGCCACAAAAAAAAAAGAAACUGCAACCUUCAUGCAUCUGUGUUCUGGGUAAAAUUGUAAAAUUAAAUUGUAAUACUCGGUUUAUCUGUGCAUAUUACCGUCAGUAUGUGGUGAAGUGGUAGGUAGCAAAAAAAAAUACUGAAAUGGAAACUGUAUUGUUACCUCUCCUACACAGCUACACUGAUCGUCGA